GGGGCGGGCGGCGGGGCGCGUGCUGCUUUCCUCCAUCCCCGGGGCCACUUCCGGCCAGCGAGUGCGAGCGGCGUGGCCGCGGGACACGAUUUGUUUUCCUUUUGAAUUCCAACUCUGCAGGAAGCAAUGACAGCCCGAGUACUUGUAAUUGGAAGUGGCGGAAGGGAGCAUACAUUGGCCUGGAAACUUGCACAGUCUCAUCAUGUCAAACAAGUGUUGGUUGCCCCAGGAAAUGCAGGCACUGCCUGCUCUGGAAAGAUUUCAAAUACUGCUAUCCCCGUCAGUGAUCACACUGCCCUUGCUCAGUUCUGCAAAGAUGAAAAAAUUGAGUUUGUAGUUGUUGGACCUGAGGCACCUCUGGCUGCUGGAAUUGUUGGAGACCUGACCUCUGCAGGAGUACGAUGCUUCGGCCCCACAGCAGAAGCAGCUCAGUUGGAGUCCAGCAAAAAAUUUGCCAAAGAGUUCAUGGAUCGACAUGGGAUCCCAACUGCACGAUGGAGAGCUUUCACCAAACUUGAAGAGGCCUGCAGCUUCAUUAUGAAUGCAGACUUCCCUGCAUUGGUGGUAAAAGCCAGUGGUCUUGCAGCUGGAAAAGGGGUGAUUGUUGCAAAGAGCAAAGAAGAGGCCUGCAAGGCUGUACAAGAGAUUAUGCAGGAAAAGGCUUUUGGAGCAGCUGGAGAAACAAUCGUCAUUGAAGAACUUCUUGAAGGAGAAGAAGUGUCCUGUCUGUGUUUCACUGAUGGGAAGACAGUGGCCCCCAUGCCCCCGGCACAAGACCACAAGCGAUUACUGGAAGGAGAUCAGGGCCCUAACACAGGGGGGAUGGGAGCCUAUUGUCCAGCACCUCAGGUACUUGCUGAAGCUCUGGGCCUGACAUACAAGGAAUCGGGGGUAGACAUUGCAGCUGGAAAUAUGCUGGUUAAGAAAAUUAAACCUUUAGCAAAAGCCACCUCAAGACCAGGCUGUGAUGUUGACCUUGGGGGGUUUGCUGGACUCUUUGAUUUGAAAGCAGCGGGUUUCAAAGAUCCUCUUCUGGCCUCUGGAACAGAUGGUGUUGGGACUAAACUGAAGAUUGCCCAGCUGUGCAAUAAACACGAUACCAUUGGUCAAGAUUUGGUUGCCAUGUGUGUAAAUGACAUUCUGGCUCAAGGAGCAGAGCCUCUCUUCUUCCUUGAUUACUUUUCCUGUGGAAAACUUGAUAUCAAUACAACUGAAGCUGUUGUUGCUGGAGUGGCUAAAGCUUGCAGACAAGCUGGAUGUGCUCUUCUUGGAGGAGAAACAGCAGAAAUGCCUGACAUGUAUCCUCCGGGCGAGUAUGAUCUGGCUGGUUUUGCUGUUGGUGCCAUGGAGCGGGAUCAGAAACUCCCCCACCUAGACAGGAUCACUGAAGGUGAUGUUGUUGUUGGAAUCGCCUCAUCUGGUCUUCACAGCAAUGGCUUUAGCCUUGUGAGGAAAAUCGUGGAGAAAUCUUCCCUCCAGUACUCCUCUCCAGCACCUGAUGGUUGUGGUGACCAGACUCUAGGGGAUCUGCUCCUAACUCCAACUAGAAUCUACAGCCAUUCACUGUUACCCAUCAUCCGUUCAGGACAUGUCAAAGCCUUUGCUCACAUUACUGGUGGAGGACUGCUAGAAAACAUUCCCAGAGUACUGCCUCCAAAAUUCGGGGUAGAAUUGGAGAAAAAGGACCUCAACCCAGCAAUAAAAAAGAGACAGAAUGAUAAUUUAAUCUACACUCAGAAGCAAAAGGACAUCCGGGGUCAAGCCAGUGAGCAGGCAGCAGUCACGAGCACAGGAGGAGAGAGUGGGGUUCCUAUGGAUUUGUUACUGGAAAUUAAGAACACUGUUCUUCAGAGGGUGGUGGAAGGCAUGCAGCAAGAGGGUGCGCCAUAUACAGGAAUUCUCUAUGCUGGCAUAAUGCUGACCAAGGGCGGCCCGAAGGUUCUGGAAUUUAAUUGCCGUUUUGGUGAUCCAGAGUGCCAGGUAAUCCUCCCACUUCUUCAGAGUGAUCUUUAUGAAGUGAUUCAGUCCACCCUAGAUGGCCGACUGAGUGCAUCUCUACCGAUUUGGCUGGAAAGCCACUCUGCCAUAACGGUUGUCAUGGCAAGUAAAGGUUAUCCUGGAGCCUACAUGAAGGGUACAGAGAUAACAGGAAAUGAAGGUUCCCCUCAAGUGAAAGUCAAGAAUCUUAUUGAAACCAUGAACAUAAAUGGGUCAUUGUUGGUGAAUGGCUCUCAGAAAAAUCAUCUCCCCACCCAACCAAAGAAGGCAAGAGUGGCUGUCCUGAUAUCUGGAACAGGAUCGAACCUCCAAGCACUCAUAGACAGUACUCUGGAUCCAAAGAGCUCUGCACACAUUGUUGUUGUAAUCUCCAACAAAGCCCAAGUGGCUGGGUUGAGCAAGGCAGAGAGAGCUGGUAUUCCCACCAAAGUAAUAAAUCAUAAAUUAUACAAAAGUCGUGUAGAUUUUGACAAUGCAGUUGACCAAGUCCUUGAAGAGUUUUCCACAGACAUAGUCUGUCUUGCAGGAUUCAUGAGAAUUCUCUCUGGCCCGUUUGUCAGAAAAUGGGAUGGGAAAAUGCUGAACAUCCACCCAUCUUUGCUCCCUUCAUUUAAGGGUGCAAAUGCUCAUGAGCAAGUUCUGGAAGCUGGAGUCACAAUUACUGGGUGCACAGUACACUUUGUAGCUGAAGAUGUAGAUGCUGGACAGAUCAUUUUACAAGAAGCUGUUCCAGUGAAGAGGGGUGACACUAUUGAAACUUUGUCUGAAAGAGUAAAAUUAGCAGAACACAAAAUAUUUCCUGCAGCCCUCCAGCUGGUGGCCAGCGGAACUGUACAGCUUGGAAAAAAUGGCAAGAUCUGCUGGAUCCAAGAGGAAUGAAGCCCCCUGGCUGAGGGUUGAAGCCAGUUGUGAAGGAACUGUGGCUGUAUGCUUGUUGCCUUUUUAUCAUGGAUUUAUUAGCAAAAGAUGAAAAGCUACUAAUAAAAAUGACCUCAUCCUUACCAUUAUAAAAACAAGA